AUGCAGCAGGAGACGCCAGAGCUGCGGGCGCACGUGGCGGCCGCCUGCUCCAGCCGCGACGCGUUCUGCAGCCUCUGCCAGAAGCUGGUGGACGAGGCGCCCCCCUGGGGCAAGGCCGCGCUGCCCCCGCACGUCGAGUCCGCCGUCGUCGUCGCCGUCGCCGCCGUCGUCGUCGUCGUCGUCGCCGUCGUCGCGAUCGUCGCCCCGACCGCCGCUGAUGCGGUAGACGCCGUCGGCGCGGGAGGAGGGCGACAGGGGACGAGGAAC